AGGUGUUAACCACAAAAUCAAUGAUCCACAAGACAAGGUUACCAGUAGAUGAAAACGAUAGAGAUAUAAAGAGCGCAUCAUGACGUUGUGGAUAGAUUUGAUAAGCAUUUAAUAUUCGCCAAAAUCAUCUUUAGACCAGCUGAGGAAAAAGACAAAGAGCAAAGAAAGAUUCUGGGCAAUUUUAGCUGUAGAAGAAGAAGAGACGCAAUGCAAUGGGGUGCCUUCGCUUUCCACAAGCUUUUCAGGUCUUCAAAAUCUUAGCUUCAGAUUUCGCUGCGAAGUUACUCCUGGAUUCAACAACAUAGGUUGCAAAUAUGGGUAAUCGAUUUAUUUGCAUGACGAAGAAACAUGCCAAAGAUGCGGGAUCCAGAAGCAAGAGAAUGAGUCGAUCACAGAGGAAGCUGUUGGCUGAGGAAGAGUAUUUGCAUCGCCACGCUCUGUCUAUGGCACUUCAACAGCAUCAAUUGUCUCAGAGGUUUGAAGGGUCAAUGUCGCGAAUUGGAUCCACAAGCUCUCGAAGACGCAAUCUUCCCGAUUCGGUCACCAAUAAUAAACAGGAUCCGGAAAUUCUGGAGAACAUAAAAAUAAAGAAAUUUGUUUUAAUCCAUGGAGAAGGUUUUGGUGCUUGGUGUUGGUACAAGACUGUAGCCCUUCUUGAAGAAACAGGAUUGUUUCCAGUAGCACUUGAUCUCAAGGGUUCUGGAAUUGAUCUUACAGAUAUUAACAAGGUUACUACAUUGGCAGAGUAUUCAAAAUCUUUAGCUGAUUAUCUUGAAAACCUUCCUGAGGAUGAAAAGGUCAUUCUUGUUGGUCAUAGCAUUGGUGGUGCUUGCAUUUCUUACGCAAUGGAACACUACUCACAGAAGAUCUCGAAAGCAAUUUUCCUCUGUGCUACGAUGGUGACUGAUGGCCAAAAGCCAUUUGAUGUUUUUGCUGAUCAGCUUGGAUCUGCUGAACGAUUUAUGCAAGAAUCAAAGUUUUUGAUCCAUGGGAGUGGAAAAGAAAAGCCCCCAACAGGAUUUAUGUUUGAGAAAGAGCUGAUGAAAGGGUUAUAUUUUAACCAAUCCCCAACUAAGGAUGUUGCAUUGGCCAUGGCUUCCAUGAGACCUAGUCCACUUGGUCCACUCAUGGAGAAGCUGUGUUUGUCACCAGAGAAAUACGGUUCGGGCCGGCGGUUUUAUGUUCAAACACUGGAUGAUCACGCGCUUUCACCAGAUGUUCAAGAGAAGCUAGUUAGGGAAAACCCCCCAGAAGGAGUCUUCAAAAUCAAAGGCAGUGACCACUGUCCAUUCUUCUCUAAGCCACAAUCCCUCCACAAAAUUUUGGUGGAAAUAGCUCAAAUUCCUUAGAGUAAUGUUCAAAACAUGUUACUUGCACUCCUAUAUGUACAUUACAUGGCUCUGCAUAUUCACUAUUAUAUUUGUAUUUAGUACACGGAAGCUCAACUGGGUGUUGUAUUUUUAUUUAUUUAUUUAUUUUUAUCUUCAAAUAGAAUACAGGAAGGAGGAUGAAUUUGUUUCUUGGUUAAAAGGCCCCGGAUUCAUCUUUUUAUUGUUAGUUGACUACAUGGCUCUGCAUAAUGUGAAUAGUAAUCGUUGUUCC